UAAAGUCGACGAACUCUCAGCUGCAGCCAGCAGACCUCAACAGGAGCUCCACUGCACAGCAGACAUGAAGCUGUCGCUGCUGCUGCUGCUGCUCGUCGCUCUGGCAGCGACUGUUCGCGCCGACGACUGCGAUGAUGACGACUGCAGCGGCGGGGGAGGCGGAGGCGGCGGCUUCGACUUCAGUGGCGGUUUCGACGUGGUCGGAGGUGACUUCGGCGACAUAGGUGCCACUGGAGGCUCCUUCGACUUGGGAGGAGGCUUCGACUCCGGCUUCUCCGGCGGAUCGGUCGGCGGAGGAGACUUUUCGUCCUUCUCUGGAGGCGCCGGCUUUGCGGACACCGGCUUCUCAGGAGGUGGAUUUGACUUUGGCGGAGGUGCUGUGUCGUCCGGACCAGGCGCGUCGCUGGCAGUUGGAGGCGGCGGAGUCUCUGCGGGAGCGUUCGCAGGAGCUGGAGCUGUCUCCAGUUUCUCCGGAGGCGCUGGACCUACUUUCGUGGGCGGUGGCGGCGGCGCAGGCUUCGGAGCAACCAGUUUUGGAGGAGCUAACUUCGUCAGCGGCGGCGCCUUCGGAGGGGCCGGCUUCGGAGGAGGCAACUUCAUAGCAAGAGGUCCUACCCCGAACUUCGCCGGCAGGGGCGCACUGGACAGCUUCCUCUCUAGGCCAGUUAGUAUCGCUGGACCGCGGCCCUUCGGCGGGGCUAGUUUUGCCGGAGGAAGCUCCUUCUUCACUGGAGGUGCUGGCCUGCGUGGACGCGGUGCUGGAUUCGGUGCCGGCAGGUUCUUCAGCGGUGCCUGCAGGUUUGGAUCGGGCUUCGGAAGCGUAUACGGACACAGCUCUUGCUACUAUCCGUACCAUCACUACUACUCCUACCCCAGCUACUACCACUCCUACAACCCAUCUUAUCACCAUUAUUCUUACCAAUAUCCUACCUACAACAUCUUCCGAGGAUACAACCGCAGACCCUACUACAGUAACAUCUACCAUCGGCAGAUCAACAACUUCAACCACUACUAUCCUGAUUACAGCUACUACUCUUACCCGACGUACAACUAUCGGUACAGCUACCCAACCAGCAACCUGUACCACAGCUCCUUUGGGGGGUACGGUAGCUCUCUUCGCGGUCACCGCGGAUCUUUCGGAGGAUAUGGAAGCUCCUUUGGUGGAAUUGGUAGUUCCCUUGGUGGAAUUGGUAGCUCCCUGGGCGGAUUUGGUAGGUCCCUGAGUGGUUACGGACUUUUUCGUGGGCUAGGCGGCUUGGGACGACGCGGUGGAUUCAGGCGUGGGUCUAGGUUCGGAUCAGCCGGAUUCGGACGCCUUGGAGGGUACGGACGUGGAUCCUUGGGUGGUGGGAUCCGAGGUGGAUUUGGCCGCCGUAGCCUGGGUGGUUACGGAAGCUCCUUUGGCAGGUACGGAUCCCUUGGAUACGGUUCAUCCCUCGGGGGCUUUCGCGGGGCCUUUGGACUCGGUGGGUCUCUUGGAGGCUUCAGUAGCUCCCUGGGUGGAUAUGGUAGGUCCCUGGGUGGAUAUGGUAGGUCCCUGGGUGGAUAUGGAAGGUCCCUGGGUGGAUAUGGAAGGUCCCUGGGUGGCUUUAGAGGAUCCUUGGGUGGCUUUGGAGGGUCCCUGGGUGGUUUUAGCGGAUCCCUGGGUGGAUAUGGAGGAUCUCUCGGUUAUGGCAGCUCCGGAAGUAUCCUAGGAGGUGGUGGAAGCUCGUACGGUGGAUCGGGAAGCUACUACUCCAUUCCCGACUACAGCUAUGCCUACGGUGUCCAGGACCCGUACUCUGGUGUAGACAACACCAAAUCGGAGAGCCGCCUCGGCGACCGUACUGAUGGCUCCUACUCCACCGUGCUCCCGGACGGCCGAACCCAGGUGGUUAACUACUGGGUGGAUGGCGAUUCAGGCUACAACGCCGAUGUGAAGUACUACGGCGUCGCCCACCAUCCGCCGACCUCCUCCACAUAUGGGUCUUCUAGUUAUCAGUGAAUCAGUUGAAUCAAUGAACCAACGAAUCACCAAUUGUCAAUGGAAUCCCGCCUCCAAUGAUAUGACUUUUGAUACAAGCCAACUUAUCCCUGCAAAUUGACCAUGUGUGAACUGUGUGUGCGUCGAGCAGAGUCGAUUUGCUGAAUAACUUCGUUAGGAAAAUAUUUAUACUAUUUAUGUCGUCCUUAAUGUAUUAGGAGAUCGGAAUGCGUCUAUGUUUUUCAGCUUACGUCCUAUAGUGUUGUGGCGCCAAGCGCUUGUUCCUUUGUGUUUAAUCAGCAGAAGAGAAUCGAAGAGUACCUAGUACUGUGAUUGAUGUCUUGGAUAAUAGAAGUUUCUUCGUGUAUCUGUGCUUCGAAUACACCAGCAGCAACA